UUCCCGAAGUGUUCUUCUAGUCCGCCGCCAUGGCCGUCGACCACCUCCUCCUCCAAACCGCACUAGGCCUCAGCCCAAAAUCCAUUACUCCGAUUCCCCAACAUGGCCUCCUCCAUUUCCUCCAAUCCAUCGCCCUGAGCUCCGACAACCCCAACGAACCCUUCUACAUCUUCGACUUAGCCACCAUCACCGCCCUCAUGAGCCUCUGGACCCAAUCUCUUCCGACCGUUCGCCCUUUCUACGCCGUCAAAUGCAACCCCAACCCGGCUCUCCUCGCCGCCAUGGCCGCCCUUGGCUCCAAUUUUGAUUGCGCCAGCACAUCCGAAAUCCAAGCUGUUUUAGCUCUCGGCGUCUCCCCCGACCGAAUUGUCUUCGCCAAUCCUUGUAAACCGGAAUCCCAUAUCAAAUUCGCCGCCGCUGUCGGCGUUAAUCUCACCACUUUUGAUUCUGUCUAUGAAAUCGAGAAAAUCCGUUCCUGCCACCCGAAAUCCGCCCUGUUGCUUAGGAUCAAACCGCCUGAAGAUGGCGGCGCUCGGUGCCAAUUGGGUCAGAAAUACGGCGCACUGCCGGAUGAAAUUAUCCCUCUUCUUGAAGCUGCUAAAGCGGCUGAUCUCGCCGUCGUUGGCGUUUCUUUUCAUAUUGGAAGUGGGGAUGCUGAAACAGAGGCUUAUUCCUCUGCUAUCGCCGCUGCGAGAGGGGUUUUCGACACGGCGGUCCGACUUGCCCUUCCGCCUAUGAAUGUGCUCAACAUCGGCGGCGGGUUCACCGCCGGACCCCAAUUUGAAAAAGCGGCCGUAACGAUAAAUUCAGCCCUGAAGGAGUAUUUUCCGGCAGAGCUGAAUAUCACCGUCAUGGCUGAACCUGGUCGGUAUUUUGCGGAAUCGGCGUUCACUCUGGCCGUCAAUGUCAUCGGAAAAAGGGUAAGAGGCGAUCACCGGGAGUAUUGGAUUAACGACGGGAUUUACGGGUCAAUGAACUGUAUACUGUACGAUCACGCGACGGUGAGUUGCACGCCGUUGGCUUUGAAAUCUAACCGGAAAAACCCCACGUGCGGCGGAAUGAAAAUGUACGGCAGCACCGUGUUUGGCCCCACGUGCGACGGAUUGGACACUGUUUUGACAGGAUACCAGCUGCCGGAUUUGGAAGUUGGAGAUUGGCUGGUUUGGCCGAAGAUGGGAGCUUACACGGCGGCGGCUGGGUCCAAUUUCAAUGGGUUCAACACGGCGGCGAUUGAGACUUAUAUCGUGUACUCCGAUCAGGGAAACGGCGCCGUAUUAGGUUGAAUUGUAUUGUCGGUGUUCUACAUUUUUGUCGUGGAGAAAAAAGAGAGAAAUGUUGACCAAAUUAUUUAACGAUUAAAAUAAAAAGAAAAUU